CAGACAAUCCGUCAUCUGUCAGUCCAUACAUCGCGUUUUGAGGUUAUGUUAUGAAAAUAAUACAGAGACAAAUUUAUAAUUUUAACACCUAAAACUCUUUUUAUCCUAAAACAAAUAGCUAUUAUCAUGCUUAGUGCUUUAAGAAACACUAUUAACACUCCUGUCCGCAAUGUUUUAAGGUUAUUCCAAACCUCAGCACCACAGUCCAUUGAAGACAAGAAAUGGAAUUACAAAAAGAUACCAAAGGACGAUGACGGGGUAGCGGGGGAAAAGAUAGUGGACUUGGACUCGAUGAUUAAACAGAAACAAAACCUAUUCCCAACACUAGAGUCAGACGACAUGCUGUUCGACGGCACUCCGUACAAGCAGCUGGCCGUGGCCAAUGUGCGGGUGACACACAACAACACCAUCGUGAGCAUCACCGACUCCGCCGGAGUCAUCAAGAUGAUCCGCUCCUGCGGCAUGGACGGCUUCAAGAACACUAAGAAGGGAACCAAUAUUGCUGCUCAAACUACCGCCUUCACUUUGGCUACUAAAGCCAUUGACAAAGGCUUCAGGACAGUGCGCGUGAAGGUGAGGGGCCUGGGACCAGGCAGAUUGGCUGCCAUAAAAGGUCUGCAAAUGGGAGGGCUGGACAUAGUCUCGAUCACCGACACCACCCGGGUGUCAUGGAACCCCCCCCGGCCCAGGAAAGCAAAGAGAUUGUAAAUAUAAUGUACACUGUAUUGUAAUUUAGUCUUAGUAAUAAAUGUUUAAAUGUU